AUGUCGGUGUCGCCCGCCCUCCCCGACCUGUCUCGUCUCUAUCAGACUGAGUUUGUCCGGAGUGCCCGAGCAGUCGGUGUCCUCUGGGCCAUCUGCACACUCUGCUUCGCCAUCAUCCAGGUGGUCGUCCUGGUGCAGCCGUCCUGGAUCGGCACUGCUGAGACCCGGCACCAGGGGGCGCCCAGCGGCACCCUGGGACUGUUUGAGGUGUGUGUGGAGUCAGACUGGCCGGUCCCAGACUGCCGUGGCCGUCUGUCCAGCCUGUCUCCACUGCCGUCCUUCCAGUCGGUGGCAGUGUUGGUGGGCGUGUCCCUGUGGGCCGUGUGGACCAGUGUCCUCUGUCUCUGUCUCUUCCGGUUCUGCAGCGCUGCAACCGUCUACAAGAUCUGUGCCUGGCUGCAGCUCACAGCUGGGUUCUGUCUGGCGUUGGCUUGUCUUCUGUUUCCAGACUCCUGGGAGAGUCCAGAGAUGAGAUCUCUCUGUGGAGACUCAGUGGGCAGUUUCUCUCCAGGGAACUGUUCGGUCCACUGGGCCUACAUACUCGCCCUCCUGGGGGUUCUGGAUGCCGCCAUCUUGGCCACGCUAGCAUUCGUCCUCGCCAACAGGCAGGACGCCCUGUUGCCGCCAGACACCAAGGAGGUGACCACAGGUCUGCUGAUGUCAGCGUGA